CGCUCCCCGGCAACCGCCUCGGCGCCCGCUCCGGCCCUCGCGGGGCUGCUGCGGUGGUCACCGGAGCGGCACAGUGACUGGUCCGUGCGGGAGAGGAAUUUUGUUGCUACUGGCUUAUCAAGAUGAGCGGGACACCUUUGAAACAUCCGGGAAUUCACUUAUCUUCACAGCUGUCUUCCCCAAGAAGAAAUAUGCCCAGGGAUGCAGUCUAUUUGGAUGACAUUCCUGAAAAUACACUUACUCCUGUAAAAGAUUUGGUGAAAUACCAGAAUUUAAAAUUGAAAGAUCAUAAAAGGAAGCAGUUUCUAGAAAUGACAACUUUUAACAAUAAAAAUGUGUUUCAUUCUACCAUGCUAACAGAGCCUGCCACCUCUAAUAGUUAUCUUGAUAUCAGUGCUAUAAGGCCCAAUAACAGUGGAUUAAAAAACAAAGCAGUCUAUGAAUCACCAGCAAAAGUAUUUCAGAGAAUGAAAGAAAAAGUACUGCGUGAGGAACAAGAACGAGCAUUAAGAGGCAGCAGAAUGUUGGAACCACCAAACAGUGAAAAUAAAAAAUGUUUCACUCCUAACAAAGAAGAGAAAAGGCCAUUGCAGGCUACCUUACUGUGUGAAGAAAAGGAAAAUAACAGAUCAUUCCAUUCAGCUCCUGUCCAAGAAGUUAGUCUGCAGUCAUCAGUUUUCCUUCCCUUCAAACAAAAGAUUCAACACCAGCAGGAAAAGCAAACACAGCUGCACAAUUUAACUUAUGAACUUUCAGCUCUGAGUGAAGAACGUGAAUGUGUUUUGCCUACAAGAGUCUCAAACAAAGACUUGGCUAGAGCUCAGUUGACUAAACAGAUUCAUCACUCAAAGGAGAACAUAGUUGAAAUCACGAAGUCCAAAAAGGACGCAGCCAUUUUAGAAGGUGUUCAUUCUGCCUAUGAGAAAUCUCAGGAUACUGAUGUAGAAACUUCUAGUCCUACUAAUUGUAUUCUUGUUAAAAGUGGCAGUGAGGGAAUAGUUUCUAAUAGUGAUAUGAUAAUAGAUGGCACUUCACAAGGGGAAAAUGGGGAACAAAAUGAAAAAACAGUGUCUGCAGAGACCAGUCUUCCCAGCCCCAUGGAAGAUACGUGUAGAAUUGUACUUGCAAGUCCAAGACUUCAUUUAACAAUACCUCGGAGGUCAAAAAGAAAUAUUUCAAAGCUUUCUCCUCCAAGUUUAUUUCAAGCUAUUACACAAGAAGUUAAAAAAAAUAAGGUGAUCCAGCUACAGGAGUGGAUGAUUAAAGUCAUCAAUGAUAACACUGCUAUAUGUGUAGAGGGAAAACUGACAGACAUGCCACACGUAUACUGGCAUAGUAACGUAAUUGUAGAGCGGCUGAAGCACAAUGAACUUAGGACUUCAUCAGGCAACAUUUAUAUAUUGAAAGGAUUGAUAGACCAGAUUUCCAUGAAGGAAGCAGGAUAUCCGUAUUAUCUCACAAGAAAAUUCAUGUUUGGAUUUCCAAAAAAUUGGAAAGUUUAUAUUGCUGAUUUUCUAGAACAAUUAAGGGCCGAUGAAGGGAAAAGGAAAAAGGCCAGAGAAAAACAGAAAACCACAAGCUCUGUUUCUAACUUAGCAAAGUCAGUGAAAAAGAAUGGGGAGAACCAAACAUUUGACCUUCAAACGACCAGCGCCACUUCUGACCAUGACUGCGAUGACUUUGAACUGAAAACUAAUAUGCGAAGAAGAUUGCCUAGGACUAUAAAAGUAAACAUCAGCUAUAGUAAUAAUCAGCAUAAACCACCAGCGAUGCUCCCAGGUGACCAAGUAAAUAGUAUUGACAAUGAAGGAGGCCAUCACUUAUCUAACGAGUUGUUGUCUUUGGGUUUGUCUUAUGAAGGUAAAGAGAGAACUGAAGAAUCAAAUGUUUCUACUGAUAUUUUGACUUCACGGGAACAGAUUUCUUUGGGUGAAGAAAGAAAAUACAUGACUAUCAACCAGAAAGAAGCUUGUAUUUUACUAACACCACUUAAAACUAGAAAGAGGAUAGAGCAAAGAUGCAUGAAACACAAUCUCUCCUACAGCUCCACUAGAGCAGCAGCGGAUUUCCCAGCGCCAGAGCAGCAGGAAAAGUGUGAGCUAGACUCCAGUGAAAGUCGCGUCAGAAAGCCCACGGGGACUUCAGGAAAUGCGUCCGAGGGCAGUGUGGAUAGGAGUGAAAACAAGGAAGAUUGCUGUGAACGCGAUUUACUCACUAUUAACCGGAAAGUAAAAAUACCUAGUCCUAGAAACAAAUGCCUGGGUGUUCCAGACUUUAAAAAAAAUACCAGGUUGCCAUCAAAAUUGAAGAAAAUUGAAAAUCAGGUAGCUGUGUCAUUUUAUAAUCGUGAGUCCUCAUCAGAUUUGUCAAGUGAAGAAAGUGAAACCGAAAAGGAAAUUAGAAGGAAAGCUAUUAGGAAAAACAGAGCAAGAAAUAACAAAGAAACAGUUGCUCGCCUGAGCAAAAACCAGAAAAGCAGCGCAGGGAAUAAUACCAUAGUGAGUUCCGAAUCUGAAACUGAGGAAAGUAAAGCCGAGUUUCAUCUCAAACACAAGAAAGCUAGGUCUUCUGUUACAGACACUCUUCAGAGGCGUGCUGGUAGGAAUGAGUUUUCCACUGAGGCAGCGGGCUCUACCAGAACGAACAAGCAGUUAGCAGGUUUACCUGGCUUAAACCAGGAUGAGGAAUGGGAUGAGAAAGAAUUGCAGAAACUUCACUGUGCUUUUGCAUCUCUUCCAAAGCACAAACCCGGUUUCUGGUCCGAUGUAGCUCUGGCAGUAGGUUCUCGAACUGCUGAAGAAUGCCAGAAGAAAUACAUAGAAGAUUCUAAAGGAAAAGUAUCUCAGAGAAACACCACCAAGAGAAAGCGAGCCCUUCCCAAAGGCCAAGAUGGUGAGAGACACAGUGCUAAUACGAAGACUGUUCAGAUAACUGCCAAAGUGGGAACACUGAAAAGGAAGCAGCAGAUGAGGGAUUUUCUGGAACAGAUGCCUAAAGAUGACCAUGAUGAUUUUUUCAGUGCAACACCUGUGCGUAAUCAUAGAGUAUUGUUGCCAAGUUUCUGGAACAGUCAGGAUGGGGAUGACAUUCUGCCAGCUCUGGACAAAGACCCAACAACGCCGUCAUCGGUUACCUUCCCACUGGCAAAGACUCCUCAGUGUCAGCACGUCAGUCCUGGCAUGCUCGCCUCCAUAAAGAGGGAUGAUUGUGAUAAAUAUGUUUCUCGUAUACAAAAAAAUCAUAAAAGUAAUGGUGGCAUGGCCUGGGGCAACAUUAAGAAAAAGAAAGUUGAAACUGUUCUCUCAAGCCCAACAUCAAGAAAAACACUGUUUAACAGAGAUUUAGGAGAAAACUCUGGUAUUGGAAAACUUUUCACUGAUGCUAUGGAAUCUUUAGAUGAAGAAGAGAAAGAUUAUUACUUUUCAAACUCUGAUUCCCCAUAGAAAAUGUGUUUCCCAGGACUUUUACAAAAAGCAGAUGGCGUAUUUGUAUCUACAUUUACAAAAGAUUUAUGUACUUUAAGAUGGAGGUUCAUAGGAAAACGUGAAUUUUCUUCAAAGCUUUCCUAUGUUUGUAUGUAGAAUAUUCAUUGCUGCAGCUUACCAAAUAUGUAAGAUUGUUUUGUGCAGAUAUUUGUAAAUAUCAUUUGUAAUAUUGCUUUAAUAAAAUCAUGUCCUAAGUAAAUUUUUAAGUUUCAAAAAAAAUGUUGCUACUGUAAGUGAGGGCGUAAGGAGAGGAAGCGGGUGGUUGGUGCUGCUGCAUUCGUGAAAACCUCGGCUUUGUUACGUCCAGGUAUUAAAGCCUUAGUUGAACUAAUGUUUAAAUUACAUACUGUUGAAACUGUUUGCUGUGCUUCUCUUCUGAUUGUUUUUCUUGAAACUUGUAAUUGGGUUAUCAAACAUAUGUGAAUUUUAUCUGUUACUUCGGUAUUUUAUUAAAUAGAACCAGAAAGCAGAUUUCUGUCCCAUUGUAUAGCCUUUUACGUAUGUGAACACAGUUUAAAUUUGGUCUUAAUAUUAACAGUCAGACCAGCCUAGUGGCAUACACUAUAAUCACGAGUUUGAGGCCAGCCUGAACUACCAGAGUA